AUGUGCGUCGGUUCAAUCGUCACCAUCGAGUGCAGCAACUGCAGCUCCACCUUCGAAAAGUCCUCGUAUCUUGGCUGUGCCACCUACGAGCACUCUUGUGGAGGCUGGGAAACACGUACUGACUCCAUCAUCAGCAGAUCCAUCUACUCCAUCCCCAUCUGCGACGACUGCUCCGACUUUGCCUCUUCCUCCGACUCUGAUGACUUACCUUUGAGAUCAGCUGACUCUGUUUCAAGUAUUGACUCUAUGGCGGAGUAUGAUACGGAGGUCAGUGAUUGUUUGACUUCUUACUACUCACUCGGUAAGGCUUCUGCGCUUACUGAGGUUUGGUUUAGACGUGCUGUUGGCUCUCUUGAGAACUUUACUGGGUCUAUGAGUGCAUUGAUUGACAGAAUCAUUACUCUCNCCUCGACCACCGCCACUGAAAAGCUCAAACUAAACAUCUUUCUCAUCUACAGCGAAUGCGAUGCCUAUCUUGCAUGGACCGAGACCGAGAACAGCCGCGCCAUGACGACUGAAGCCAAACUCUCUGGAAUCCUGAACAGCACUGGUGUCACUGACAAGACCAAUGCAACUAACGUUGAAGACAUGACUGCAGACAUGGCUUCGCUCCUGGUGGGUGAGGUCUGA